AGAAGUUCGUCCUAAUAAGACAGUAAGGGGACGUUCUUAAAACCGAGGCGAUUAAGCGAAAUUACUGCCGGAAUAACGCCCGUGGGGAAGGUUUGCUAUGCAGCAUCCAGAGAACUUACGCGCGACGCGAAGUGCGCGUUCAGUGCCUCCGUCCUUUCUUUUGUGUUGCAUGUUCCCAGAGGACUGCUGAAUGCUUCCUGCACACUCGCGAGGAAGACGAACGCUGGACUGGAACGCUAAAUGACAUUACUAUCUGCCGUGGUUUGCAGCAAUUCCGGGACUCGCGCUUUUCUGCGAAACGCUGUUAUAAAAAGGAGACUCCUCGUCUUUAUCAGAACAGAUAUCUUUUUAUCAGCCGAGAGCGCGGAGCACCCGCUUAUCGUGACUAGCAACACGAUUCCUGUCUAUGAAAAACACUAUGAAAGCCCUGAAUCCGGUCACCAUCUCCGCUCACCGCCAUUCCGAUGACGUCCCCACUUAAAGCCACCACCCUCCAAUGGCGAACGGCAGUCUUGUCCACGACAAGUCACCUCUCCCACCAGCUCAACGGGACACCACCUGCCAUAGUGACAGCAUCACAGUCGAUGUUUCGCAAGGCGAUGACUCCUCCAAGGAACUUCCACCGUACAUGCGAAGCGCCCCGGUUAAGCCCUUGACGCAUCCCGUGGACCGUAACAUAGCCGGCUGCUUCAUUGCGUCCGUCGCGUUCGUGUCAAUCGCAGUUGUGACUGGUUUGCCGUUAGUGAUUGUUUUGGCAGCGUUGUUACCACUUUCCAUACUUCUUAGACAUGUGUGCACUUCGUGUGCUUCGGCACAACAAGGAGUCCUGUGCGAAGAUGACAAACGGUUCGUGUCGCCCAUGGACACCUUCUGGUUGCAUGACUCGGAGUUCAACUUCCAUGUGGCGCAUUGUGUGUUCUUUCUCGAUCCUGGGCUUUCUGCCACUCAUCUCGGGAGGCUUAUUGUGGAGAGGGUGUUGGAUAAGACGAACGACGAGGGAAAGAGGAUCUUUAGGAGGUUCACCCGUAAAAUCAUCCCGGUGGUGGGCGGGUUCACUUGGGUGGAAGAUGACACAUUCCGCAUCGAACGUCACGUCAUAGAAGACACACGGCACGUGAAGAACGUUCAGCAACUCAAUGGUUACAUCAUGGGCAUCAUGUCGAAAGGCAUGAACGUCGACAAACCGCUCUGGGACAUUCAUCUACUGCCAAACUACGACCAAGGCAAAGAGACUGUUCUCAUCGCCAGAGUGCACCAGGUGAUCAGUGAUGGCGUGUCCCUGAUGAAGCUGUUCUGCAACCACCUGUGCGACCCGGGUGGUCCUCGUCUACGUCUCAAGCCUCGCUUCGGGGGUGCGGGGUUUCCCCUUAACGUCUUCCGUGCCGUCCUCGUUGGACCUCUCACAUUCCUCUUCUCGUGGCUGUUGCUGACGCGGAAGGACUUCAACCUCCUGCAGAGAGGACCCCCUGCUGGAAGGCAGCGUGUAAUAGCGUGGUCGGGGGCCAUCCGAAGAGCCCAAGUCCAUCGCAUCAAGCAGGUCACGCGAUGUUCCUUCAACGAUGUCCUCAUGGCUGCCGCUUCCGGUGCUGUGAGAACAUUCUUCCAGAAAAAGGGAGUCAGAAAUCCGCCAGACAUCAAGGUGUGCAUAGCAGUUGAUCUCCGCUACGAGCCCCCUUCCGGAGAAGUGACACCCGAGCUGGGUACACAGCUGAGUACGGCCACGGUGCGGCUACCUACUAACACUGAAGGGGCCAUUCCUCGUUUGUGGGAGGUGCACCAGGUGAUGGAGGAUCUGAAGACAUCGGCUGAUCCAGUUGUCAUGUACGGUGCUGCCAGGUUCCUGCUCACGCUCCUACCCUACCGCAUGGCGCACUGGUUCCUUGGCCGAUGGCACAGCAAACCAUCCCUGCUGUUCUGCAACGUCCCGGGACCGGAGGAAGCCAUGCUGUUAGGUCUAAGUCGCGUCCGCUCAGCCGUUGUCUGGGCGGGAUGGACACCGGAAGUUCCUGUCGCUGUAACCGUGACGUCAUACGCUGGCGCAUUCCAUAUCGCAGUCUCCUCUGAGAAGGACAUCGUGUCGGAUCCUGAAGAAAUCAUUCGAGGCUUUGCUAAGCAGCUGAAUCACAUGUCCAACCUGCUUUCCAAGCGACGGAUUCCAGGAGAGCACCGGAGGAAGACAAGUUACACCGCAGAACGACGCCAAAGAGAGAUUAUUAAGCCCCCAAUACACGAGCUGCACCACAAGCUCCACCAAGUGCAAGACGAGUUGCAUCUGGUGGGCCAGAAGCUCUUGGCUGAGGAAGCCCGCGUGGACCCGAGCGCCGAGCCAGGCACCUCGGCCAAGGUGGAAGCCCUGCGGCGGCGACUGCUCGAGCUGCAAGAAGAGUUCUCAGAGCUCCUCUUGGAGCUAAGGCGCAGGAAGUCCAUCGCAGAGGGUCUGCCUUGUGAUAUCCAGGACGAAGAGGAGGACUUGGACUUGGACGGUGAAGUUCGUCGUCCGAGACGGCGAGCCCUGUCGGCAACCGUUCGACGUCCUAGCCUGCAAUCGUUCGUGUCCACGACGCGUCCUCUGACAACGGGCAACUCCCCACUUCGAGCCGGUGAACCGCACACGUCCAAUGCCACUGUGACAGCACUGCAAGACCAGCAUGUAGCUUUGCUCGUGCAGUCUGACACCGCCUGAUGUUCUAGAUGAAGAGAUUUUUUCACGUGCCACUUAUUAGGGAUAGUCUGAAGACGUCGCUCCACGGACCACAGGCACCUAGGCUUCCAAUUUGUGUAGUACAAUUGCCCAACUUGACAUAUUUGUGGGACGCCCUCAGACCCCGGAACAAAAGAAAUAAAACCACUUCGCAACAUUAUCGUCUCUUAUAAAGUGUAGGACAUAGAGGAGCAAUGAAAGCCCCCUUCACAAAAUUUUCCGGUUUUUGGUUGCAGCAUACCAGAAGUGCAAGAGGCAGAUCAUUCGUAUUCACAACCUCUAGAAACCCCUGCCUGCAAGACCUCCAUGUUGAUGUACUUUUUAGUGCGCACUCCCAAUGUACAUGCUUAGACCAGAAACUGUCAUCCCAACCUCAGGCCUCCAAGUAGCAGGAUUAGAGGAGCAUGCCACAACUCCCGGCCGACUUACUUUCACAUCUGAAGAAUGUGUUUCUUUUUUAAUGUUCAUCAAUAAAAUUAAAAUAUUC